UUUUCGGUGUGGCCGUAAGGAGAAGUUUGUACUUUACUUUGCAAUCUUAUUGUGCAUCUGAAAGACCAGAGUUAGCUCCUGAGGCGAAGCCUGGAGCUGCUUGUAGUUUUGAUCUCAUCACCAUAGGAUUGAAAGAUUUGGUGAUAAAAUUACCCUGAAUUUGUACAGGGCCUUCUUGCAAGAACCAACAAUAUCCACAUACUUCCUGCAACAUUCUGCUGGCAUUUCUAGAGCUCAUCACAUUGGCCUUCAUGCCAGUCCUUGCCUGGUGGAGACUGGUAGUGGGUUAGCACUGGUGGUUGACUUUGGCAAAUUCACACCAGCUGUUGGAUUUAGCCCUGUCCCUCCUGCUUCCACAAUCAGACGCUUGGGUGCACCUGGGCUGAACUUUGGGUUGGAAGAGUGAGGUCACCUGCUGGCCACUCUGGCUCUUGGGCCUCAGCAGUUCUUGGCUUUACUACCCUCAGCAUAUUGGCUAGGAAUAUGGGCCGAAUGGAGAAUUUUUGGAGGGCACAGAUAAGUGCUGGGCAUUCACACACAUCUAGGAUGACUGAAUAUUGCCAAGGGUUCUCACUCAGGUGUUGCCACUGCAACCACAGUGCCUGGUUACUGGUUUGGCCUCCUCCACAUCCUGCCAGCUGGGUGUUCCCCUCCCCCUGCCUUCUCAGCCUGGCAGCGCUGCCCCAUGGUGGCUGUGUUCCCAGCUGCCCUUGGAGAGCGUGCCUGUUUGUGAAGAUGCAGAGGAGCUGUCCCGCUGAGAGCCAGAGGGACGGAGCUGUUUCAGUGGUAUCCAGACUUUAGGUGUCUAAUGGGCAGGGACAGGCUGGGACUGAGCUUAAAGGUCUGAGAGAGACUGUGGAUCCCCAGAGCUGUGCCCUAACCUGGGUGCUCAUUGGAGAGGGCAGACAGGACUGGCCACCUGGCCUUACCUCCAUCCCAGACUUAUAGUAUUUGCCAGCUAUCUCCCUGAGUUGUUAUUAAACUUUGUCAAACGACCCUGGGGAGCCGAUUUGGCAAAAGGAGAGUUACUUAGAGGCAUGACUGGGCCUGGAGGGGAAGAGAAGUGGCGGGUAUUUUUCCCUCCGAGGAGGCCUCUCUCUGCAGCUCUGGCGAGGGUGUGCCACUCCCAGCACCUCCACAGUACCCUCCCCUUUCCAGGGACAAUGCUCCCUCUGUGAGCAUCUUAUGGGGAUGUUUUUUCUUUCCACUUCACUUUUGAAGCCUUCCUUGUUUAUGCUGCUGUGUUCCUUUUUCCUGAUUCUAACUCUUGGGAAGCCUUGGGGAGACUCCCUAGCAGCGCUAGCCCUCAGGGCCCACGUGAAGUCCUUUGCUUGGGGUCCUACUGUGAGCCCACAGCCUCCAGGGCUUCUGUGGGAGAGGGCUGCUCUGUUAGCCACCGAAGGUCCUUGACCAUUGGUGAAGAGGAGAGAGGCUGGGGCCGCAGGUGGUGCAGGCCAAAGAAAGAGGAGUCCAGUUGCACAGAGGAACACUGACGAUGGAGAAACAGUUCUGGGAGUUUGGGGAGAGAUUAGGCAGGAGGGAGCCCACUGGGCAGAACCUAAAGCUCAGUAUGGGCGGCAUGUGUGCAGGGACAUGUGCUGGAGGGUUUCCAUCCAGACCACUAACUGGAAAGGGGUGGCUCCCAUGUGAUGCUAGGUGUCUGUGAUCCUUCAGGAAAGUGUACAGGCUGGUACCCCAGGACCCACUGCUCAGGAAGGCCUGGUAGGAAAUGAGUGUUGGGACUGAGGCCUGGCCCUUGGCAGCUUGGAAGUUGGCUGGGGCUGCUUUUGCCUUUGCCAGAGACAGCUCCAACUGAGGACCCCUCCAACGGGCCCUUGGCAGUUCUUCCUUCCCCUGGCAUCUGGGAAGACAGGCACGAUGACAGACUCUCCAUUCCUGGAGCUGUGGCAGUCCAAGGCGGUGACCAUCCGUGAGCGACUGGGCCUCAGGAACCAGCUCAACGACUCCUACUGCUACAACUCGGCCAAAAACAGCACCGUGCUCCAGGGGGUCACCUUUGGUGGCAUCCCCACUGUCCUGCUCAUAGACGUCAGCUGCUUCCUGUUCUUAAUCUUGGUGUUUUCCAUCAUAAGAAGAAGAUUCUGGGACUAUGGCCGCAUUGCCCUGGUGUCAGAAGCAGGCAGUGAGUCCAGAUUUCAGAGAUUGUCAUCGACUUCCUCCUCAGGGCAACAAGACUUUGAAAAUGAGCUGGGAUGCUGUCCCUGGCUGACUGCGAUCUUCCGUCUGCACGAUGACCAGAUCCUGGAGUGGUGUGGGGAGGACGCCAUCCACUACCUGUCCUUCCAGAGGCACAUCAUCUUCCUGCUGGUGGUGGUCAGCUUUUUGUCCCUGUGUGUCAUCCUGCCUGUCAACCUCUCGGGGGACUUGCUGGGCAAAGACCCUUACAGUUUUGGGAGGACAACAAUAGCAAAUCUGCAGACUGACAAUGACCUCCUUUGGCUGCACACCAUCUUCGCCGUCAUUUACCUCCUCCUCACUGUGGGCUUCAUGCGACACCAUACUCAGUCCAUUAAGUACAAAGAGGAGAGCCUGGUGAGGCGGACCUUGUUCAUCACAGGACUACCCAGAGAUGCCAGGAAGGAGACUGUGGAGAGCCACUUCCGGGACGCAUAUCCCACGUGUGAGGUGGUGGAUGUCCAGCUGUGCUACAAUGUGGCUAAGCUAAUCUACCUGUGCAAGGAGAGAAAGAAGACAGAGAAGAGCCUGACCUAUUACAGGAACCUGCAGGUGAAGACAGGCCGGCAGACUCUUAUCAACCCCAAGCCCUGUGGCCAGUUCUGCUGCUGUGAAGUGCAGGGCUGUGAGUGGGAGGAUGCAAUCUCUUACUACACGCAGAUGAAGGACAGGCUGCUGGAGAGGAUCACAGAGGAAGAACUUCACGUCCAGGACCAGCCCCUGGGAAUGGCCUUCGUCACCUUCCAGGAGAAGUCCAUGGCCACCUACAUCCUGAAAGAUUUCAACGCCUGCAAGUGUCAGAGCCUUCGGUGCAAAGGUGAGCCCCAGCCAUCCUCCCAUAGCAGAGAGCUCUGUACCUCCAAGUGGACAGUCACGUUCGCUGCUGAUCCUGAGGACAUCUGCUGGAAGAACCUCUCUAUCCAGGGCCUCCGCUGGUGGCUACAGUGGCUAGGCAUCAACUUCACCCUCUUCGUGGGGCUGUUUUUCCUGACCACACCCUCCAUCAUCCUGUCCACCAUGGACAAGUUCAAUGUUACCAAACCCAUCCAUGCGCUGAAUGACCCGAUCAUCAGUCAGUUCUUCCCCACCCUCCUGCUCUGGUCCUUCUCGGCCCUCCUCCCCUCCAUCGUCUACUACUCUACACUGCUGGAGUCCCACUGGACCAAGUCGGGGGAAAACCAGAUCAUGAUGACCAAAGUCUACAUAUUCUUGAUCUUCAUGGUGCUGAUACUGCCCUCCCUGGGUCUCACCAGUCUAGAUUUUUUCUUCCGGUGGCUCUUUGACAAGACUUCCUCGGAGACCUCCAUCAGGUUGGAGUGCGUCUUCCUGCCGGACCAGGGCGCCUUCUUUGUGAACUAUGUCAUCGCCUCAGCCUUCAUCGGCAAUGGCAUGGAGCUGCUGCGGCUGCCGGGCCUCAUCCUCUACACCUUCCGCAUGAUCGUGGCCAAGACGGCUGCCGACCGCAGGAAUGUCAAGCAGAACCAGGCCUUCCAGUAUGAGUUUGGAGCCAUGUAUGCAUGGAUGCUGUGUGUCUUCACUGUCAUCAUGGCCUACAGCAUCACCUGUCCCAUCAUUGCGCCAUUUGGCCUCAUCUACAUCCUGCUCAAGCACAUGGUGGACCGGCAUAACCUCUACUUCAUCUACCUCCCGGCCAAGCUGGAGAAGGAGAUCCACUUUGCUGCUGUGAACCAGGCCUUGGCGGCCCCCAUCCUGUGCCUCUUCUGGCUCUACUUCUUUUCCUUCCUGCGCCUGGGUCUGAAGGCCCCCGCCACUCUGUUCACCUUCCUGGUGGUGCUGCUCACCAUCCUGGUCUGCCUGGCUCACACCUGCUUUGGAUGUUUCAAGCAUCUCAGCCCUCUGAACUACAAAGUAAAGACAGAAGAGCCCACAAGCGACAAAGGAAGUGAAGCAGAGGCCCACAUGCCCCCACCGUUCACACCCUACGUGCCUCGGAUUCUGAACGGGUUGGCCUCGGAGAGGACGGCGCUGUCCCCACAGCAGCAGCAGACCUAUGGUGCUAUCCACAACAUCAGCGGAACUCUCCUGGGGCAGAGCCCCGUGGACAAUGUGGCUGCUACCCCCCAGGAGGCCUGAGGCUGGGUCCCUCUGCUCUGAAAAGAUGCAACCAGAAUGGCCUGGGGCUCAGGCCCUUGGCUGAGUGGGAAUGUGUUGGGACUCCCCUGCUGAGCCAUUGGGAGGCCUCCCUUGCUCACCCCAGUUACCCCCUAGCACAAGCUUCCAGCUCUGCAGCUGGGGGGACAUCCCCAGUGGUUUAUCGCCAAAACCACGUGGUGGACUUUUGCUCCCCAGACUGAUGAGUCCAGGAGAAUAUAUGGAGAGGAUGUAACCAGGGGAAGGCCUCCUCCCUUCUGGGCACACACACUGCCCACCCCCCUGUAGGCACAUACAUAACUGAUAACCAAAGAGAUGCUGCAGUCCAGUCUGAAGUCUGGCUGGGUGUCCAGCUCCCCACUCCACGGCCAGCACCCCCCCACAGCCCGGCAGCCCCUCCAGGCUGCACCCAGGCCCUGUGUGCCUCGGACUUGGAAGGGUAGGAGUGAGCUGUGGGGAGCAGGCUGGGAGGCGGCCAGUGCUCCUGCAGCUGUGCACACACCUCCGCAAUCUGCUAGGGUUCUGUGUUUUUGUAUCAUGUUGUCAGAGACACUCUGGCCGGGUCAGGGUCACCCCACAAACAGGGACAAGGACCACUCAAAGUGGCCAUUAGACCACGGUUAAGAUCCAGCCUUUCCCACCUCUUGGGG